GACGAGCGCGACUGCGAACCAGUCAGUCCGGCUUCUGUUACCAAACAGUGCGGUCAGGAAGAGAUAUAAUCAUAAAUAGUUGUUUUGUGUGAAAAUUAAAAGAGGUAGAUAGUCAUAAUGUCAAGGGCACCAGUGCUGGCAUUAUGUGCCCUGGCACUUUUCGCAAGCGUACAGUGUCGUUACGCCGGCGACAGGACGAACCGCAUCAGGCACGCCACUGUUUCCUCGGAGGAAGAGUACCAGGAGUACAGGCACAAAAUUCAGAAGAAACCGACUUGCGGAUACGAUAGUUGUCCUGUUCCAAAACCAGGAAUGCUAAACGUCCACCUGGUGCCACACACCCACGACGAUGUAGGCUGGUUGAAAACUGUUGACCAGUAUUAUUAUGGAAGUAGAAAUACAAUCCAGAAGGCAGGUGUGCAGUAUAUUUUGGAUUCUGUCGUUGCUGAACUCAUCAAAGAUCCUGCUAAGAAAUUCAUUUACGUCGAAUCAGCAUUUUUGAUGAAAUGGUGGCGCGAACAGACACGAGAACACCAGGAGAAAGUGCGCGAGCUGAUCGACCAGGGUCGCCUGGAGAUCAUUGGAGGCGCCUGGAGCAUGAACGACGAAGCAGUCACCCACUAUCAGAGCAUCGUUGAUCAGUUCACAUGGGGAUUCAGGCGUUUGAACGAGACCCUCGGUGAAUGCGCCAGGCCAAGAGUAGGUUGGCAAAUCGACCCAUUCGGUCACUCCAGGGAACAAGCAUCGAUUUUUGCCCAAUUGGGAUUCGAUGGUAUGUUUUUGGGCAGAUUGGAUUACCAGGACAAGAUGAGGAGAUUGGAGCAGAAGGAACCGGAAAUGUUGUGGCAUGCCAGUGAUAAUCUUGGUGAAGCUGGUGACUUAUUCACCGGAGUCCUCUACAACAACUAUGGACCACCACCAGGUUUUUGCUUCGAUAUUUUGUGCCAGGACGAACCAAUUAUUGACGAUAAACGCAGUUACGAUUACAAUGUAGACAGAAGGAUAGAUAAAUUUAUAGAGUAUUCAAAAAUGCAAGCUGCAUCUUAUCAGACUGACAAUAUAAUUUUGACCAUGGGCGAAGAUUUUAAUUACCAAAUUGCUGACUUGUGGUAUAAGAAUAUGGAUAAACUUAUUAAAGAAACCAACAAAAGACAAUCCAACGGCUCCUUAGUCAACGCCUUCUAUUCAACUCCUUCGUGUUACCUGAAAUCUCUGCACGAUGCUGACAAAACCUGGACAACCAAAAACGAUGACUUCUUCCCUUAUGCAUCAGAUCCACACACUUACUGGACUGGAUAUUUUACAUCAAGACCAACUUUGAAAUGGUUCGAACGAGUUGGAAACAAUAUGCUGCAGGUAUGCAAGCAGCUCAACGCUCUCGUCAAGAAUGAACCAGACAGUCUGGAGUUAUUAAGGGAAGCAAUGGGUGUUAUGCAGCACCAUGAUGCAAUUACUGGUACUGAAAAACAACAUGUAGCUGAAGAUUAUGCUAGAUUGCUUCAUGAUGCAGUCAGUGGAUGUGCUGAGAGUGCAGGAGAUGCCAUCAGAAAAAUUUUUGCAAAUGCCACAAAUGUGUCCAGCCAGUACAACAAAAUGGCACUCAACAUGGAACUGCAGACUUGUCCAGGUUUGAACAUCAGUCAGUGCUCAUACACUGAAUCUGAGGACAACUUUGUUGUAACUUUGUACAAUCCCUUGGCUCGUUCGAGGAAACAGUUUGUCAGAUUGCCUGUUCAGGCUGGAACUCAGGAUGCUCAAAUCAGUUACACUGUCAUGGAUCAUAAUGGUGCAACUGUUCCUUCGCAAUUGGUGCCAGUACCUGUCUUUGUACGUAACCUUCCUGGUAGAACUGCCAAAACAACAGCAGAAUUAGUGUUUGCAGCAGAUAUUCCUGCAGUAGGUGUUGCUUCCUACUUUGUGCAUCGUCAAAAAUCUAAAAACACUGGAGAAGAAAAUGCAGACUAUUUGUACGCCAAUUUGAAAUCUGCUGAAUACAAGGAUGCUGAUCAAAUCGUAUUAGGAUCAUCGACUCUCAGUCUGACCUUAUCUACUUCAACUGGACGUAUUUUCAACGCCUCCUUCAACGGUACAGAACUUCCACUGGAGCAGGAAUUUGUUUACUACCGUGGAGCCUCUGGUAACAACGAAGUUUUUGAAAACCGUUCUUCAGGUGCAUACAUUUUCCGUCCAAAUGGAACAGCACAUCCUUUCCUGAACGGAAAGGAACCAGUCAAAUUCGAUAUGGUUGCUGGUGAUUUAGUUGACGAAGUCCAUCAGACCUGGGGUGAAUUUGUACACCAGAUCGUUAGGGUUUAUAAACUUGGAGCUGAUGCUGUUGAGUUUGAUUGGGUCGUUGGACCUAUUCCUGACCAUAAGGAUCCAUUUGAUGGUAGAGAAGUAAUCAAUCGUUUCUCCACAAACUUGAAGACUGAUGGUCACUUCUCAACUGAUUCUAAUGGAAGAGAGACUUUGCACAGAAAGUUGAACCAUAGAGAUACCUGGAAUGUCUCGAUUGUGGAAAAAGAAGCUGGAAAUUACUAUCCUAUCACAUCCUUGUUGAGAUUGACAGGUAUGGCUCCAAAUUCUGGUAAUGGUGUUUCUUUAGCUGUAAUUCCAGAUCGUGCUCAAGGUGGUUCCAGUUUGGCUGAUGGUCAAUUGGAAUUGAUGGUGCACAGACGUUUAUUCAGAGACGAUGCCUUUGGUGUAGGUGAAGCUUUAAACGAAACUGCUUAUGGUCAAGGUUUGGUAGCUAGAGGAACCCAUUAUGUAAUGGCAGCAAGCACUGAAGACAAAACUGUUUUGGGCAGAGAAAGAGUUUUGGCACAAGAUGUCUUACUUCCUGCAACCGUAUUCUUUUCAAGUGCGAAGAACUUCAGCAAGGAACAAUGGAAACAAACUGCACAAAAGUACUCUGCUUUGAAGAAAGAACUUCCACCAUCUCUACAUUUGUUGACCUUAGAACCCUGGGGCAACGGUAAAGUCCUUCUCCGUCUGGAACACUUCUUUGAACAACAAGAUCACCCCGAGUGGUCUUUACCAGCAACUGUAGACUUACAGGAUUUGUUCUCUGCAUUCACUGUCAAAUCACUACGAGAAACUACUUUAGGUGGUAACCAAUGGUUGAGCGAAGCUGAGAGGUUCAAAUGGAAAACCAAUGACAAGAGAGCCAGAAGACACGGUGAAUAUUCAAAUGAUGCCAAAACAUACAAAAUGGAGAAACAUUUCGUCCCAUUGGCUGGUACCGAAGUCACUUUGAGGCCCAUGGAGAUUAGGACCUUUGUUUUGGAGAUUUAAUUGAUAAUGGAUUUUGUGAAGUAGAUGUAAGUUAAUUUUAAAGGUAAUAUAGUAAUUGAUUUUUAACAUUUGAAAGUAGUUUUACUAUUUUGCCAAAUG